UAGGAUAUUCUCGACAAUACGGCCAUUGCCAUAGAUCCGCUUCCAUCUCGGUUUAGCCAAAACCGGCGCCUUCCCUCCAACUUCAUCUCUGUGAUCGCUCUUCUUCUACCGAUAGCUCCCGUAGUUGAAGGGACUUCAGCUGGACUCUGGAGUUUCAGCUUUCAAUUCAAAGCAUUCACCGAAUAGCUCAACCAACUGGCGCAUGUAAUUGCCUCGAAGAAAACUUAGCAAUCUGCGGAGGGAGGAGGACAGAAAGCGGAAGCCAUGUCUGUGCUCAUUGUAACUAGUUUGGGGGACAUUGUGAUCGACCUUCACACCGACAUGUGCCCCUUGACCUCCAAGAAUUUCUUGAAGCUCUGCAAGAUUAAGUACUACAAUGGCUGUCUAUUUCAUACAAUACAGAAGGACUUUACUGCUCAGACUGGUGACCCCACUGGCAUUGGGACUGGUGGUGACUCAAUCUACAAAUUUCUAUAUGGGGACCAGGCUCGAUUCUUCAAUGACGAGAUUCAUCUCGAUUUAAAGCACUCUAAGACUGGCACAGUGGCAAUGGCUAGUGCUGGAGAAAAUCUUAAUGCUUCUCAGUUCUAUUUCACUUUGCGUGAUGAUCUUGAGUAUCUUGAUGGCAAGCACACUGUCUUUGGAGAGGUUGCUGAAGGGCUUGACACCUUAACUAGGAUUAAUGAAGCCUAUGCAGAUGAGAAGGGAAGACCAUACAAAAAUAUCCGAAUUAAGCAUACAUAUAUACUGGAUGAUCCAUUUGAUGAUCCGCCGCAAUUAGCUGAGCUAAUUCCAGAUGCUUCUCCAGAAGGGAAACCAAAAGAUGAGGUUGUUGAUGAGGUGCGACUGGAAGAUGAUUGGGUGCCACUGGAUGAGCAAUUGGGCCCAUCGGAACUUGAGGAGGUCUUUCGUGCAAAAGAAGCUCACUCUAGGGCUGUUGUGCUUGAAACUAUUGGAGAUAUUCCUGAUGCUGAGAUAAAGCCUCCUGAUAAUGUGUUAUUUGUUUGUAAAUUGAAUCCAGUCACAGAAGAUGAGGACUUGCAUACAAUCUUCUCCCGUUUUGGCACUGUGUUAUCGGCUGAAGUUAUCCGUGAUUACAAGACUGGAGAUAGUUUAUGCUAUGCCUUCAUAGAGUUUGAGACAAAAGAGGCAUGUGAACAAGCGUAUUUUAAGAUGGACAAUGCUUUGAUUGAUGAUAGAAGGAUACAUGUGGACUUCAGUCAAAGUGUUGCAAAACUAUGGUCCCAAUACCGGCGGAAAGAUUACUCAACGGAUAAAGGAAGAGGCUGCUUUAAAUGUGGCGCUCCCGAUCACAUGGCCAAGGAUUGCACUGGUGGAUCUGAAAAGUUCAUCUUGAAGGACGAUAACAUCCAGCAUGGUGGAAAUGAAUCAAGGUAUGACUUUGUAUUUGAUGAGGACAAUGGAAGUAACCAUAGGAAAGAAAAGAGACAUCGAGAUCAUGGUAAAGAUAAGCAUGUUGAGAGGUCUAGAAAGCAAAGCCCCAAUGAUCGUGAUCAUUAUGCAGAAAAGAAGGGAGAAAAUGAUAGGCAUGAAUCAAGUGACAGAAAUAGAUACAGGGAGAGAGAGAUGCAUCGGGAAAAUAAAGCAAGACAAUCCAGUGGAUACAGAGGAGACAGGGAUGACUUUGAAGACCGAAGGGACCAUGAAAAACGAAGGAAGAGACAGAGUGACCGGGAUGACGACAGGAAAAAGGAGUUGGAUUAUCAAAGAAGAGCUUCACAUGAUAAUGACGCUUAUGACAAGAGGGAUUAUGAGGCUAAUAGAAAUAGAAGCAGAAGGGAAGAUAGCGACAAGUCAGAAAGGAGGAAGGAUGAAGAGACUUAUGGCAGAAGGCAUUCUGAUAAGAGUAGCCAUGAAGAGAAAAGGUACGAGGGAGAUGGUAGAAGGAGAAGUACAGAUGAUGGUCGAGAAUAUAGGAAGGAUGAAAGAAGUUAUGGGAAAAAAAGAGAUUCAGACGGUGACAAAGCAGAGAUGAAAGACGGGUCUCAUUAUAAGAAAAGAUAUAAUACAGUUGAUGAUGGUUACAAGGACAGGAGAGACGAGCGAGAACCCAAAAGACGAAGCAAGGAAGAGUACAAGGAAAGAUAAGGGCAGAUAACAAUGGCUACUAUCUCCGGUAGAUAGAAUUGCAGAUGACAGUGAAAUUGAGAUUGAAAGAAUUGCAGAUGACAGUUCACUAGCUCCGGUAGAUAGAAUGUCACAAGGGCAGAGAACAAUGGCUACUACAAGGGCUGAAGGCACUUCAUAGUGGUCUUCUAAGGUAUAGUGCCUCUUGA